AUGGACGGUCAGACAGUGCGCUCACCCGAUGAAUUGAAGGAGCAGUCAUCUGCCGGCGAUGAGAAACUGAGGCACAGACUACAUAUCCAGCGACCUGUUCCGCUCAGGCUCGGGGCGGACACUCGAGCUCUGUCCGGAGAUGAGGCACCUCUUCCAUCUCCCGGAAAGAGGCGCUGGGACACAUUGCGCGCCCAUGUCCUCCCGAACUCGGCCAACUCAGUAAAUGCGCCCCAACCGUACACUCGUCCUGGUACGCCGAGCUCGGCAGGGGCAAGUCCACCACCUUCACGGCCCUCCACUCCCAAGUCAUACCGCUUCGGCCAGAAGAUUUUUCGUCAAGUUGUUGAACAAGCAAGGGAGGUUGCUGUAGACGAGCACCGCAAAUUUGCGGAUAGCAUCCUGAAAGCAUGCUGGGCCGCACGUUUCGGGGAAAGCUCGACACGACCGAGACCUGAGCGCGAGGGGUCGCAGGCCACGGUUGCAUCAACUCUGCAUAUUCCAUUCAUGGCAUCUGCAGCCUCGCUGCCUAUUCCAGGCAGCCACAGUUUUCCCUCUAUAAAUGUGAUGAGGAGGCAGGGGUCAUCACAGACGGUAGCGGUGGACUCCCGUACACCAUCUGUCGCUAUGAUCCAACAAGCGCUCACGUUCAGCAUGGUCAUGAACCGCCCCGCGGCGCUUCCCCAUGAGACGCAUGUGCUCUCUGCCCUGUUGGUCCCUUUCUUAGGGCCGUAUAGAAGCGAACAAGUCAGCUUCGAGCAACAGACAGCCGUCGAAACAUUUGAAUAUCUUAUCAGAACCUGGAAGGCACCCUCAAACGAGGUGGACCUAGAUCGCUGCAUAUGGUGCUGCAAUGCUGCUUCUGUUCCCUCGGGUUCCCGAAUGCGUAUACUGGGAGCACUGUCUUCGCUCCUCUUCUCCAGAGAGAGAACAUUGAGUGCAGAUACGCCACUAGUCUUACGAGCGCUAUUCCAGGCCAUGUUCUCACUGUUGAUGUGCCUGUCCUCGACGAGCUCGCAGGCCGAGGUGGAGUCUCUGCGAGCGUAUAUCGCGGCUAUACGAGAUGGGCAAUGUGGCACGCCUUCCCCGCAGUCAUUGGAGAAAGAAUAUGGUGUGCGGUGGUCACGGAACGAUAACGACCAGGACGUAAGGCGACUUAUCGCCAUCGAGGGCCUUAUCGGCCAGCUCGAGAUUGGUUCCGAGAGCAGUCGCAAAUGGAUGUUGCGCAAUUUGGUGGAGGAGUUCUGGCCGUCAUACACGGCACAGAUGACGCUAACGUCGUUGCAAUCGUGCAUACAUGCUCACAAAUUGAAGACCUUCGUCACGACCGCGUCGAACCUUUUGUGCACCGCUUCGUCUGGCCUACUGACCGACGCUUCAGUGAUAAGCCGCAUAUUUCAAACUCGGAUUCUAUCCGAGGUCGACUCGAUUCACGACAAAGAUAUAGCGGGGGCUAGACCGGCCGUAUUAAGACUUGCGUUGAAUCUAACAUGUGUCCGAGAAUUCGACGGGAGAAGUUUGAUCAUGGAGCAAAUUGGAUCUUGGCUCCAAGAUACCACAGGAUGGAAACUGACCGUUGAAGAUGCAUUGAACGAUAUGAUUGUUAAUGCAGGAUGGCCCACGCUGCUGCGUCUUCUACAACCAGUAUCGCAUGAUUAUCCUGAGAACGUCCGUGCGCCAUUGGUGCUUAUCCUACUUCCUUUAUUGCAUGAUCGACUCAUGGCCAACACUCCUGAGGAUCCAUGUCAACCGCUCAUCGAUUUUCUGGAUAGCAUCUCGCGCAUGUAUCCAAAGCUGUUCUACAAGCCAAUAUUUACAUGUGCAGCGUCGGGAAAGGACCUCACGAUUGCCAAUCACAUAUGUGUUCUGAGCUGUCUUUCACACUACCUAACUGACUUCUGGUGCCGCGACGCCGACAUGAUGUCAGUUGCACUUAUGAGUGAUGCGGCAGGGGCGAAGCCACCGACUCAACCGACUGGCACCGUGUGGGGUCGAGAGCGGAUUGGGCAGUCGGUACUUAUUUUGGAGCUCAUUAAUCAUCUUCGCAAUGUUCGUCAGACGAAAGAUGUGAUGCUCGUAAGCCUGAAUAAAUUGACAGCAAGUGCAACACGUUUCGCUGUUUCGCUUGAAGCCCGGCUUGGUGCCCUUAUUCAGGCCAAGGAGCAAAAAGGUCGCAUACCACGCUUUCAGAGACGAUUGUUUUGUGCGUUAUUCCGUGAGAUCAGACUGAUCACCCGCUCUUUAAAACCUGCGCCUUGGCUCGCCACCAUGAUCACCUGGAUAUUGGACGAAUCGACGGUGGAAUUAGAAAGCGGGGGUGACGAAAUUGUUACAAGCUUUAACAAGUUGCAGGCGCUCUACACCCACGCGCAGGAGGCUUUCCGCGGCGGAAGUAAGCGCAGGACGACAGCGUUCGUGUCGCCUGCAAUCGACGGCCAACACUCAAGGUCUCUGGGAGACCAUCCCGCUGGCGAAAUUGUGACCGGGACAAUGAUGCUCCUGGAGUCUUUGCAUCGGCCUCUUACUUCCACAGCGUUCCCACUGUUGGUGCUUGUUUCUGGCUUACUCAGUCGGGCUGAAUAUGCUCGUCUUGCACCGGUCAUUUGGCGUCAAUGUUCAGACAGCAUUGAUUGGGCAGUCAAUGCAUCGACCAUGUUUCUUAUCAUGCAAUGCGCCGAGCGCGAUCCUGCAGGAGUUGCUCAACUUGUAGAGCAGGAUUUAGCACACCAUGAUUGCGAAGUCCGAAGAUUAGCUAUCCAGAAAUUUGCGAACAUGUGCGGCCGGCGCUUCCAGAUUCUAGCCCAGGAAGUCCUACUUGACCGCGCUCAUUCUCGAGCUUUCAAACUUGUUCGUCCUCCCAUUGCAUUUGUACCGACGGACAUGGGGACCAGCUCUUUCACUCUUGAUGAAGAUGUCUACGAAUUCAAGGAUAGUCAUGGCCACGUUCUUCCCCUCGAACUGCGAAGACGAUUAGCGGACAUAGGUUGGGAUCAGGAGGACCAGGUGAUAGAUCCAAAGACGCAAUGGAUCAAGACGCCUUUGUCUAUGGUUCCUAGCAUUCAGUUAGAUGCUCUCGACGCAUCUUCCGAUGACCUCAUACUAGGUACCGAAUCACCUAAUCUCAGUCCGCAAGCAUCUCCAACCAGUUCACCGUCUGGCGCUGAUAUUAUUCGGCGAGACUCCACAACCAGCAUGACUUCGCGAAUUGUCAAGCGUAGACCUGUUUUUGUCGCAGCAUUUGUCUCGCUCAUCCCGCGAUUGAUAGCCCUCGCAAAAGAUGAGAAUUUCCUCGUCGCAAGCACGGCCAAGGGUCUUAUUGUGGACUUGAUGCGCGACGAUCCCACUUUGCUUUCCCGCGCAAUACUUCACGCUAUAUCGGGUGAUGAGCAGAGCCUUAUUUCUGCAAGCACCGCUGUCAAGACAUUAUUACACGUACAGCACGUCCUUCCUCCUGUGAUGACCCAUCACUUGCUCAACCACCUAGCUGGCUUCUUGAAAUCAUCAGUGCGGCAGACAGAAAACACGCAUCCUUUACAGGGGUACGCAUACGGCGCUUCAGCUAUCGCCGAACUCGUCGGGCAAGUUAGCAAGAUGUCAGCAAGAGAAAUCCGCCGCGCGAAGGUUGACACGUUCUUUCUACCAUCGGGCUCUCUUUGGUUCCCGGCCUCUGCUCCUGCGAGCGCAAUGUUCCCGAGGGGAUUUGAGGACCGUCACAAUCCUUUCGAGAGCAUUCCUUCCUCUCUCGUGUGGAUCACCCUAGUCAGGACAUCCCAGAAUAUGCUCUUUCUUCGCUUAUUGGAGCGCGACCCUCAAGAACUCAAAAUCAUCAGGAAGAACCUCUCAAGGCUUGUAUUGCCAUCCAAGAAGGACAAUGCAGAUCAAGGCUAUCUUCCCUACACUGCUUUUGUACCACGUCGACAAUCCAGGACUAUUGACACGGACGCGACUUUGACCGCUCUGUCCGUUACUUUAGCUCGCAGCUACCUCUUGUUGGUCGCGCAAAUGUUCUGGUCGAUGUCACGUCACCUGAGCGACCGUCAAGAAUUGGCAAUAUUGGUGGAUGGCCUGAACCGCGUGCUGCUCACACAUGGCGACGAUAUCGGAAUCGUCGGGCAUGCAAUGCUGGCAUUCAUGCUAGCAAGCACACGUUUCAAGCGGAUGUUCGUGUCUGGCGGCGCGUAUGCAUUAUUUAUGCCAGCGAUAAUCAAGACGUACUGCGAGGCCGAAGAUCAUCCAGGGAUUAGAGCAGCCAUUGAGUACGCGGUGAACCGCUUCUACGCUCUACACCAGGAAUCCUUCGUAUUUCAAAGCUUCGACGUGAUCUCUCACAUGUUCAUGUCACCCGAUGUCGAUUAUUCCUGGUUAUCCCGGCAUGUCUAUACGCUCUUUGCCACACUGAAGACCGGUACAGCACCCAUCGCUCCAGACGUCGCCGGCAUCUAUGAUCUCAACAAGCUGCAGGAACAGGAGAACCGUAUGGUUGCUGUGGCAGAAGAAGUGCCACAGACAUUCCUCGCGUCUUUGCGUAAGAGCAAGGCCCAAGGUCGGAAUCAAGUGACAUUGGUACUCCCUGAGGAAUAUGAAUUCAAGCGCCUUGAACUCGACAACCUCGUACGGCUUUUCUUGACGGUAAUUGCACAUAAUCCGGGCAUUCAACGCGCCGAACGCUUUUUGCGGCUGUUGCGCUUCCUUGCCCCGGAGUUGUACAAUGCGUCUAAUUCGGCACGCUCGGUUCUCCGCGAGGGUGUUGAUGCUCUGGGGUCCAUUCUUCUGAGCAGGACGGCAUCCAAAGCAAAACCAACCGAAGGAAUCUCGGUUCGUCCAGCAGACGACUUCAGCUAUGACCUCUUGGUGGAGGGUAACGGCCAUGAACCUCAACAGGCUCUAUCUCCUGGAGACUUACUCAGCAUGCGACUCGAUUACCUUUCGCUGGUGAUUGCAUUCACGCGAACAGGGGGACAAAUGUCCGCGGCUGCCUCAUCUCGUGCACUGGAGCUGGCGAAGAUAAUCCUGAAAGAUUCUAUAGUCAGUGGAGAUAGGGUCACCACGUUCCUGACGGACUACGCUUCCGUAGUACUACUUCGCGAACCUGCACCUGGGUUGAAGGAGGUGCUCACACUACUGAGCGAAUUCCUGCCAAUCAUCAGCGCAUAUUGCACAUCGGUCAACUUCUCUGGCGUCUUCGAUGUCCUCAGCAACCUGUGUGGCAACACCGUCUUCGCAAACCAGCCUCUUUUCGCACAGCUCGUCGUCACCCAAUACUGCAGAACUGGUCUGGAGGCUUGCGAGGCUGCUGCCGCCGAGAACUGGUUGCUAUCUCUUCCGUCGAGAAUGAGCAUCAUCAAUCUAAUGAAUGCCGCUAUACCCCUAGUGGGCAGCGACGUGAUUGACGAGCUCGAGAAGCAUGUACCGUCGUACGCGUUCCUCGCUGGAGUAGUCCUCCCAUUCGUGUCAUCUAUGAAGACUGCUACUGAACUCGCGGCUGGCACGCAGAUCGAUGCACAGCGCCGUGAAGUCCAUUCGAGAGCCUGGGUCCGCAUCCUCUCCUACGUCCUAUCAGCAUGCCAAGACCCCUCGGUAACGAAAGAGCCGUCCAAGUCUCUGAUGCCCGACCGCCGCAAAUCUCAAGACAGUCGGUCGUCCUCCCGGAGCAUGAAGCCCGCGAUGGGCUUCGCGCUGGCACUACAGGUGUUGAAACUCAUUCUCAUACGCGCUGAAGAUGACCUGUUCUCAAUCCUGCCGAACGUGUGGUUCCAGAUCGGGUUUGUUCUGAGAGCUCUCCUAGCCGACGGCGACGCCAGCUUUGCAUUGCGUCUUCCUCGAGAUUAUUCGGAGCCUCCCUCUCCUCUGUCACCAAGCUCCCCUUCGCCAAGGUUUGGGAGCUUCGCCGCUCAACAGAAAGAAAGCACGUUCUUGACUUCUGUCCUGUCGCACCCCUCGGAGUCCCUCGCCCCGCCCCGUCUCAUCGACUACCUGACCUGGUCCUUCGUCCAAUGGCUCUGCCUGCGGCGGAGCCCGCUCAUGCUCCAAAUGCGCGGCUUCAUCCAGGAGAAACUCGCGCUGCUCCACCAAGACCUGCGGGACGCGCAGCACCACACGCCCGCCCCCUUCAAGCCCGGCGCCAGCCCCGCCAGCGCGAGCGCGCGCCGCCUCUCCGCCUCCGUUUUCACGAAGCCGCGGCGCAGCCUCGCGCACGACAGCCGGCCCUCGUCCGCCACCUCCACCCCGCGCACCUCCGCGCAGCUCGACUCGCUGCCGAGCCUCGGCUUCGGCUUCGAGGACGGCGGCCUGCGCGUGUCCACGCCGCGCGGCCGGCUCGCGGGCUUCGCGCGCGACGCGAGCCCGCUCUCGCCCACCGCGCGCGCGGCGGGCCCGCGCAUCGUGCACCUCGGGCCCGGCGCGCGCGCGCUGGCGGCGGCGCGGGAGAUGCUCGUGACGGGCGCGGCGCUGGUGCGCGCGACGUACCGCCGGAUCCGGCUUGCGCAGACGGUGCUCGGGUACGCGGCGCUGCUGCCGCUGGGGGAGGGGGAGGACGAGCAGGUGGAGGUGCGCGCGUGGACGCGGCGCGAGGCGGUGGAGGCGGUGCUGCAGGAGGCGAAGGAGCUGAUGGAGGAGUUCCGAGAGGACAGCGUGGGCGAGUACACGGAUGUAGGGGAGGGGAGCGGGGUGUUGGUCGACCUGGACGAGCCGAUGUCGCCGUUCAAGUAG